AUGUCCUUUGUCUCCGUUCUCACCCUCUACCUCCUCGCCUUCGUCUCGGCCAUACUCGCUUUUAAAGUGGAAAGCAGUCGAAAUCGAUUCACCGAGGUUGCUACCGUUUCAGAUUAUCUAAAUAUGUGCCUCUACCGCCCCCACCACAAGUCCGCUCCCUCGCCGGAACCAGAUCUGGAGGACUGUGCUGAAUGGCGAAACCUCUCCUGCUGUACAAAAGAAAAGAGUGAGGGCUAUCUAGAGAAAGCAGUCGGGGGCUUUGAUCUACACCACUGUGGCCAACCUCUGCCGUUAGAAUGCUCACGGAUGUUUCAUCGGGAGUACUGUCAUGCUUACUGUUCUCCCUACUUGGGACCUUGGCUCGUAAAAGUAAGAUUUCUCGAGUUGUUACCCUAUAAACUUAUCUCGUUUUAUCAGAAGAUCUACAAUGUUGCGGAACCAGAUGUUGUAAUAGUUCUGGAGAUCCAUUUUUUGACGAGACUUUAGAUGCGCAUGACGAAGGUGAAGAAGCGCAUAAAAGAUCGGUUGAGGGAUUUUGUAAAAAGCCCACGACAUUGCGACUAAAAUAUGCGUACAUCGUACUGGGAUAUUACAGAAGAAACGAAAGACCGACUGUGUCAUUAUUUAGCUAGUUCCAUACGCGAGAUCCAGACACCGACUGUCAUAAAACAUGAGAAACUGAGCAAAUCUACUCGAAAUUUUAAGGGAUAACGGAUAUUGUGCCUGGAUCAAAUUCACAGGUCAGGUAUAUGACCGCGUUUGUGAUUUGGGCCUAGGCCGAAAAUGUACAUCCAGGAUCGAUCGUAAAGACGCUCUUUUUGAAGAACUAAGAGGUCAUUCGCGGAUAUUGCCGAUGCAAAAGGUAAGUGAUUAGAGAUAAGGACGACUGGAACGACCACUAAUAUUUGAUUGGCUAGUCAAAUUCCAAGAGUCUUGGAUGACAUCCUGCAGUACGGCCAUGUGUGUGCUAUCGGUCGCUGCUGGCUGUGUGGGCUGAUCGAACUCAUCUCUGAAGUUGCGAGUAUUGACUGACAGCCGCUGGGUGAAGGAAUUUGAUGACUCUGGUCCUUAGUUUGCAUGUCUUCGUGUAAUCAGUUAACGAUGGUGGCGAUAAAGGCAAAGAUGUGAAUUACAGUAAGCGCUUUAGACGGAUGUAUGUUCGCUGAAACAAGAAUUUUAUUCGUUUGAUUUUCGAAAUCUCACUCUAACCUAUCAUCGGUGAUGUGGCAGAUCAACAACUUCAACUUUUAUAUGACCACUUCUGCUACGUGUCCCGAAAUCGGCGAACUCGUUGGUGUGCCUUCCACCUGCUUACAGAUUGUUUCGUCAAAUUUGAAGUUUGUUUUUUAACAAAACUUUAGAAGCUGAAUGAGCUAGACAUAUCUAAGGUGGUUUUUCAUUUCGAGGUACUUGAUUUACAUGAGAAGUUCAUUGGCCUCCACCGCCAAGUACUAGGAGACAGGAGUAGUUAUAAACUUCAAAGCUGGUUUGUCAACACUGUUUUUUGGGGAUUGCACCUCCCUCUUCUCCAGCAGGCGACCUUGAAGGCCCGCCUGGGACCACGAGCCACUUUCGCAUGCCGCUCGCAAUUGAAACUGCUCUGGAAUAUCUUGUUCGGUCUAUAAAAAGAGUUUUUUGAAGUAGACUUCCUACGUAUCUCAGUGUUCUAGGAUUUCUGUGAACCACACUGCAGUCAGGGCUCCUGAUUAUUUAUAAUACUCAUACUCAAUAAGUCUCGUACAAGUUAUUUUGCUUUCUUAUGUGACGAACUUGUCAGUUUAUCUCAUAUUGGAGAUAAUGUUCUACGUAGAUAGCUAUAAGACCUCUUGGGAAUCAGCCGCCACCAUGCGUGACUCUUUCUUUUAUUUUGUAAAUUCAUCGGCCAAAUACCACAUCUCAGAUACUACAUCCACGCCUAUCACAGCUUUCUCCCACAAAGAAUCUAGCAUAUUCGCUCGACAUCGCGUAAAACGGGGCUUGGUUUACAAGACAACCACACGCUUGAGAUAGAGUUUCCGUGUUGGAAAGCCUCCGUACUGACUGGGGUAAUUUUCUUCGUUAUGCAAAUUUGUCUGAAACUGACACCAUCUUUACCAAAAUAAGGGGAGUUCUCGUAGUACGUUUACGCAAAGUCGGCUUUUGGCUAGGAGUACAAACGUGUGCGAAAACUUCGAAAACAAAUCAGAGACAAGAUUUUGCGCAUCCCCACUUGUUUUUCAGAAACUAAAAAAAUCUAACAUUAACGAACUGACUAAGUACCUAAAAAAGGGUACAUAUGGACUGACAAGAUGAGAAGAAAACUUCAUCCACAUGCAUAUGUAAAGGAACGCGGAGCGACGCACAAGGAAUAUCAGUUUGCAGUCCACCCUAUGGGAUCUGGCUAAAAUCUUAUGCGCGAGAAGUGUGAGAAUUGGGCAAGUUGGUGGAGGACCUGCAAAUUGCAACUGCUUUAGGUUGGGAUUCUGCUGCAUGGUCUGAGUAACUGGAUGACGAUAACUACUGCUUUGCAGAAACAGCGGUCGCUCGUAUGGAUUUGAAUAACGCAACCAAACCAAGCAGACUCAAGGUGGGUUUUGAUGCUAUUGCUGUCCAAGUAUUUGUUCCCGUCUCUUGCGUUCCAUGUGUGUGCAGGUGCCUCAAACCCCAAGGAUCAGACUUCACUCAGUUCCACAUCACAUAUCUGAUAAGAGAUUACGUUAAGGGCGUUUCGUUGAAGCCUGACCUUCAAACUACAGGACUGAAUCUCCGGAUAGUCGUCAGCUUUCCAAGAUACAGUUUAUAGGGCACUUUGAUGGCUAAAAACACCUCCUGUUUAUCAUGGUAAGACUAGGACGCAACAGAUGCCUCUCUAACUUUCUUUCGUUUCUCAGCUUUUAUCUCCGAUAAGACCGAGUCAAUCUGCUCCGAAAUUAGAUCGAUUUCGGCGAGUGACUAGGACUUCGGCCCUCUGUUCUCGUGUGUCAUACACGCUAUAUGUCUGUUGCCUCAUCGCGCUAGAGCAAAACGAUACUUUGUGCCACAACGGCAACAAGUCCAAUGUCAUCACCAGUCCAGCGAGGGUAGCGGAUAGGUCGCAGUUGAGCUCAGGAGAGGAAAGAGGGAGACUCAUGGCAAUUCACAGGCUGUCUCCCUAUAGUGUGUUUGUGUACUUCGAAAUCCAAUAGUACGUUAACUGCUAUGAUGGUUUAAUCCUCCUUGGCACCGAAGAUCAGAUUACAAUGACCUACUUUAAUUUGUCUGUUGAGGUAGUCUCAUUUGUGUAAGCUUUGAGACUCUUUUGGUGAAGUCUGCUAAAGGAGGAGUAGGGACCGGGUCUGUGUGGGACACGCUGUCUAGCUGUUUCUCUGUGGUAGCCAGUUCAUCCACCCUCAACUCUCGUCUAUGUUUUCGACUGGAAGAUGGUAGAUUGUGGAGGUGGAGAGAGGGAUAUAAAUGCAAAACAAGCCUUCUCCACUACAAACAGAUCCGCAUAUACGUUUCGGCCGCGCUCGUUUCGUUUGACUGUGGAUGACCUCGUCUCCUGCGACCAUGAAAAUGUUAUCACCGGUGGGAUUGUUGCGACUGUGUUGGCGAUGUUGGUGAGCGACACUCAGUAUUGCAUCUAUCCAUAUAACGUGUCGAACAUCGACAAUAGGAGCAAGUACGAUCAUCGGCGUGAUGGGUGGACACCGAGUAAUACAGGUGUGAUGACAGCUCGACCGUCGCAAAGGACGAUGUCAACCGUGAUCCCCAUAACAUAACUGGCUCAAGGACGGUGACUUACGUGUGAAUUAGUUCAUGGUGACCAUGUAUGUUUGCUGCAUUUAACGUACUCACUCCUUGUUCAUCCACUUUGGCCGGGUGUUAAGACAGAAUCGUAAAGACCGGAGGCUGAAUCGGGUGCAAUGGCUGACAAAGAUGAACAGUCCACCUACAGUAGGUGCGCUAACUCAUGAAAUGUCAACUGAAAUCCCAAAAUGCGUUUUCGUCUCGAAAUGAUUAAUUAAGUAGGGUUGUAAAAUUAAGCAUCAUGCAGCAUAAUUCAGUUACCUCAACAUGCCAGCUUUCCAACGAGCUUCUUUUCGGCUGCAUGCAAAAACUAUACUCUGUAAAAAAUAACUACAUAAGAAGCAUGCAUUUUUAUCUUUGGUUUUCGAUGCCCAUAAAACCUCAACUAUAUUUCAUGCAAGACAUAUAGGAAAAUAUUCAUUCUUUUGCUCAUUCGGUAGGAACUUCCACCUUCUUCUAAUUUUAUACUCGAAGGAAGUGCAUAAAUCGGUUUCAAAAAAAUUUUCCAAUUGGGAGAUUGUUUAAUACCGUGAAAUGGCCGUUCAUAAAACGUUAUGACUCUGCAUUUACCAAUUUCGCUUAUAAAAUUAACAUUAUGACUCACAUCCACUGCUAAAUUUUAUAAACCCCAUAUGGUCUCCUCUUAAUACCGUAGAGGAAUGUAUGCUUUUCCGUACGCGCAAAAUGUAUGGCUUGUAGUUUGGAAACCCUGAAUGUAAGUUCAACGGCAGGUCGGGAUUCAGAAUUAUUCGGGAAUUGGAAAAGUUCUUUACCACCGAAUUAUACGCUUCCUUCGAGUAUAAAAUUAAAACCAGAUGUACUUUCCUACCGAAUGAGCAUGAGAAUAAAUAUUUUUAUGCAUGCUUUCCAUGAAGUCCAGUCGAGUAGUUAGGGGCAUUGAAAAUCAAUGAGAAAAGUGCAUGUUACUUAAGUAGUCAUUUUCUACGGAGUAUGGUUUUUGCAUGCAGCCGAAAAGAAGCUCGUUAGAAAGCUGGCAUGUUGCGGUAACUGAAUUAUUAUAGAAUUAUGCUGCAUGAUAAUUAAUUUUACAACCCUACUUAAUUAAUCAUUUCGAGACGAAAACGCAUUUUGGGAUUUCAGUUGACAUUUCAUGAGUUAGCCCACCUACUGAACGCGUACUACGCACGCCCGGUUCAUGCACGGUGGACCAGGUUUCCACGUUAACAACAGAGAAGCGGCCCUGAUCCCUGCUUAAUUGGGAGUGACGGAGACCACAUUUAUAAGAAGCCAUUGUAGCCUUGCUCCCUGUCCUGAGAGGACGGAGUUAUCUCAUUGGUCGGCAGCCUGCCAAGCCACGACAUUUGGCACAUUGUGAUAGAUUUAAGCUCAUCAGAUUGUCUGUAGUGAGGAAUAUGCGCCAAGUAUCGUGGAGACGCAGUCCACAUAGUCGACUUCAUUAUCUCCUUCCUUCCCUAGGCGCCAAUCGAAUGUUCGUGCUAGUCAGGCAUCUGAUUCUGGGAUUGGGCGCAGUUAGCUGGUGCCACAUGGGUCUGCGCCUAGGUGUGCCACAAAAUCUCCAUGGGUGUGCAGUCCAAAUAACGCGUGGCGUAUCCUGAUCUGUCCCUGUAUUGGCUCAGCGCAACUCCACGUAACUCUUUGUAGAGGGCAUGCACACGUGGUAAGUGAGAAUCUGACCACGGGAUAAAAAGCAAAUCUCAAAAUGAAUAUAACUAACUGUCUUUUAUAGUUAGUUCUUAAAAAAUAUGAAAAGUUCAAAAUAAAACCGAUAGCAUGUGAUUUUUUCACUGCCAAAAAUGAGGUUGACUGUGCCGUUCCUGUGGAAUACUUUGUAUUUACGCUCCUGCACACUUGAUUUGAUCUUAUGCACUUAUUUGCGCCAGACUCAUAGCAAGCGCUUCCCCGAACGGGCCUACGGAAUGCCUCUAUGCCAGUCAGACUGUGAUGCCUGGUACAGUGCUUGCAAAAAAGGGCUAACUUGUGCAAGAAAUUGGCGCGCAGGGGGCUUUAACUGGACGACGGGUAUGUGACCGUAGAACUUUACCUCUAUUAAUUUUUCACGGUUAAGUAGACAGCCUUGCACACGGUUGGAAUUUUUAGCAUAUUGUAGCGUCUUUUGUUUUUUGAAUAGACCACAAUACUCUGGAAAAACUAGGCUUUAAAAGGCUUAUUUGUAAGGAUGUGACAUUGAUGACUGACUGAGUAGCUCUCUUACGAUGUUAUGAGACCCUGGAAAGUGCCAUCUGACGCUAAGAAUGGAAGCUCCGUCUUAUAGCUGCAUUCGGUGAAAUUCGGGAAAUGAGAACUAUCUACCGUGCUAAUUAAUCGAACAGCAAAUGCGCAAACUUCCGCUGGCUACAUUUAGCGGUUUUUCCUCAGCGCACUAGAAUGUAAUCGGGUAUUAAGUAAACAUGGACUUUGAGCUUGAUAGAGCGUGCCAACCUUUUUUCUCCUGCGAAUUUCCACCAAUAAACGAACUCUACGCUGCUAUCUGAUGACAUUGGGGUGCAAAAUGUUCCAUAGAGAUCUUGCGCGGGAAGUCUUAUGCAAACUGUUAUUUCAUACUUGUCAACAGGCGACAUUUCGUCUCGGCCUUUUGCCGUCGUGAGGUUUUGACCUAUUUUUAAUGCAAGUCAUUAUCCUGACCGUAAAGCCGAAUAGCAACGCCCAAGGCUGCUUUACUCCUUGGGAGAAAAAUUGCGAAUUGUAUAAGGGAGGUGUGCACAUAAUUGCUUUUGAACUUGCAUGUUAAUUAAAUUUUCCCCAUCUUAAGUUCGCCCUUUGGACCGUCCGCGUUUGCUUUGAUGGAAACGAUGAUAUCCGAAAAUAAUAGAGUUUCGUUCUCAGACAAACUGGUCUGAUGCACAAAAGACAGACUCGCGCACUACUUUCAUGCACUUUUAUUGCUUUCCAGUACACACUAUACAUUUCUGGCCUCAAAAGUCGCAACAUUCCAAUGCGAAAUGCAAUUCACCAAUUUGUGCGUUGAACUGUCGAUUGCAUAGCCAAACUAAAAACCCUCAUGGUGUGUAGCGAUUCAGCCGGCGGUAUUUAUAAUCCCCGAGAUCACCGAGGACUGCGGCAUGAGCUUUCUAUAAACAGAGUCGUGAACUCGAAUAGGAAUCGGACCUUAUCACUAUGAACUGCUGAAAGAAUUUAACUGCGAAUUUCGUUCCUUAACUGGAACUGCUGUUAUACAUAAAGUGUCAUAGACUACAGCGGAUAAUGCAUUCCUUUCCUUCUGAAAAUUGCAACUUUUACUGUUUUCUUUUAUUUUUUAAUUGGCAGCCAUUUUAAUUUUUUUGGUCACCGUCGUACCUUUCAUGUCAGUUUCGCAGCCACGGGUUACAGUCUCAGACUUCCCGUUUACACUUAGGAUGAUUAAUUGUUUGACUCUGUGACAUUUCAGUUGAUCUAUUUAUUAUAUGCAUGUACGGUACGUCUCCGACACGCUUGGUGACUGCCUGUCAGAGACUCCGUCCUUACGAAAAUUUUGCCGUUGUUUCUCCUAAUUAAGUAUCAUUUCUUCCAGCUAAAAACCCAUUUGAGUAAGCGUUUUCUGUGGAACAGGCUACUUAUGCCGUUUGUAUCUUGUUCUACUUUAGCUUAAUUAGAAGUCAUACGAAUUCAGACUUUGUACAUUUUGUUCUACUGGUCCGCGUAUUCGUCAUCCUGACCUAUUUUGCGCAGCAACUCAUGCAAAAUAGUAAUGUCGUCCUCAUCCACCUAUCCUAAUUGCAGGAUGAAAGGGAAGUGUUCUGUUCCGCCUUAGAGUCCUGGUAGAGUCUUUUCUAUCAGUCGAAUAGCCACGAUCAAUUAAUAACCGAUAAGUACGGCUGUAGACAACAAAGAAGUCAGAACAGGCCACUCCUGUCAGUCUUUCGUAGGUACCACUUCAAUAAAACAGGGCCGUCGCUCUAUUCUAGUGGAUAAUUUGAGUAUUUCCUUUGAGAGAUUAUUUGGCACCGUAUUCGGAAGCAAAAUAAAUUAAACUGCCUUCCAAUUGUGCUUUGCUUUCAAAAUUCUCGGCUGUGUAAAGUUCUAAAGUUACUGGUUACCCUUUAUGCCAGUUAUCGAAGCCUGGAAUAUUUCCACCUGGGAAAACGGCUUACAAAAAGCAUGUUUAAAACAAAUGGAAUAAAACUGUUAGCAUAACGCGCCCUCAAGCAACUGACAUUUGGUAAGACUAGUUGGCAUCACCUCAACAUUUUGGUAGUUAAUUUUUUCAGUCUCCAACGCAUCAUACUCCGAAUACCCUUAUAGCUUUCUGCAGUCCCAAUUCACCUAUUAAGCCCAGUGUUGCUCAUUUGCUACUCAGACCUUGUUAACAUUGUUGAUUUCUCGUGAGGUGAUUGCUUAGUAUUAUAUCAUCAAAACCAGAUACCCUGCUAUCUUAGUAAUUCAACUGCGACGGUUCGAUAAACAUGCUUUCUACACAUCAUAAUGGAACGAGUACUUGUGGUUAGCAUGGGUGGAUGGCGGUUCCUAUCGAUAGCGCCGUUUAAUCGAGAUCGUCGUCCACCUAUGCAAUUGUCUUUGGCCACCGUUGAGCACGGGGAAUUCAAUAAAUUGUCAUUUAGAUAAAUCCUUCGUCAUCUUAUCUCCCCUUGAUUGGAAACGUAGUAAAUUCACCAAUAUCGACCGACAAGGAGUACUACAGGGCUGGCAUAGGAAAAAAUCUACUUUCAAAGUGCAAGAAUGUGGGAACAAAAUAUGGAAAAGAAUCCUCACAGAGGAAGAUCUGUCACUUGAAGAAAAUACUAACUCGCAUGUCUAACUGACCACCGGUGUUGAUCAAUCAACAGUAUGUCAGGGGCGAAAUAUCUCAAGCCCUAAUUUGUCAUCGAGGCGGAAUCUCGUCAGGAAAUUACUGGACGAUCUCUAUUGGUAAUCUAAAACAGUCCUCCUUGGGUUAAAAUCUAAGGUGGGAAGGCAACAAUUAUGGACGCCUGACGUUUGCGAACUAGCAGAGCUGCCAUCCUCUGCGGUGGCCUUUUGUUUCGCUGGCUCGAUCUAUUCCCCUGACGGAGGUCCGCACGAGGCUUCACAAGGAGCAACGGUAAGUAGUUAUUCGCUGAACCUAAGAAGGCGCUCUAGGUGUGCUUGCCAAUGACGAACCUUGAUCGGCUUGUCGGCACUCCUUACAGGUGCAAGAGAAUACAUUCUACUCCCUGAGCCCUCAACUGCACCAUAUUUCAGUCAAAGUACCCAUUAGAUAUAUAAUCCGCCAGGACGUAGAUAUUUUAGACUAAACCGUACCGAUUCGAUCAGCCAAUAACGUGACUGUCAGUAGUAAUAAAAAAAGAAGUACUGCUGGUAUUGACGUGGAAGGGCCGCUCACCGAUGCAGUUAGUGUGAGACAUGCUGGCCAUUGCGCUGUCCGAACUUGGGGUCUUGGUAUGACUGAGUGAUGGCGGCUGAUAGCCCAAAAAAAAGCCAUUCCAAUCUUCCCUGUCUUCGUCGUUACUCCUUCUCCCCAUUUUAGCUGUACGACUGCUCACGAAGGAACCAGCUUAAAGCCCCAAGGUAGCGCGAAGCGAGCAUUUUCGUUACCACAGCUAAAUCUGCGAGCGGCUCCUCCACGUAAACUAAUAAUCGCGGUUGCAACGGCCGGGAAAAACUCGUGGCUUAACGUUCCAGGACCAGAAUACGGGUCCUAGUCCCAGACUGUUCGAUCCCGGGGCUGCAGCAUUGCUGACGGAUGAGCUGAAAAUGGACAUUCUGGGCUUCAUAGGUUUUACUUUGGUGGCAGUGCGAGUAUGUUCUACUUAUAUUCUGAUUGUAGACCGUUCUAUUUCCGAAGGUACAAACCAAUGUCACGCCGGACUGACUUGCCAACCAAUCGAACUAGUAUUCCCCAGCGCAAAGGACUUUUGUGAGCAGGUGUGGGAUGGUAGUUGGAAGGUCAUACCAGACAGCAAGCAUGUUUGGCUGGACGAAGAACCUCAAUGUCUCCAUAUUAUUCAUCGCGACGUCUCGGGCCACAACAAACGUGUUGCGGAACAUUACGCUCAGAGGAUACUGGAUCACAUUGCAGACAUUGCUGCCAAGGGGAUCGGAAAUUGA